AGAUCAGCAGAGGGAGGAUGUAGUCAAAGAGGAGAGCAUCUACAUAUAUUUGCUGAUUAUUUUUGCCUGGUUUCUUUUUGUCUCAAUUUGUCACCCUUUUUGCAUUUAGAAUUGAUUCUGAUGAUAAUUUCCUACCAACAGGCAGGAACACAACUAUUCAGUGGCAAGACAUCGUGGAUGAGGACAGAUUCAAACAUGAGCUGCAUCAAUCGCCCAGACAUCCUCACAGAACGUCUUCCCCGGUUAACCUGGAGUCCUACACUAAGAGCUGCAUGUGCACAGACCCACGAGAACAUGAAGAGACUGCAAGCUGUUCUUACGUCAUGUCUCAGAAGGUGAAAGAUCCAGAGCGGUUGUUGGGGGAGAUAGCCUUCCAGCUGGAUCGCAGGAUCCUGUCCUAUGUGUUCCAGGGCCAGAACAGACUCUAUGGGUUCACUGUGCUCAAUAUACGAGACAAGAUCAUUCAGGUGUCCACACACCCUCUGACGGGGAAGGUGGACGAGGGCUACAGGCUCCAGCUGUCCCAGCGCUACACUGAGCUGAUGGCCAAGCUGAAGCAGCUGGGCUAUAGUAUGACUCUCCACCCCCCCUUCACAGAGUUCAUCAUCAACACCUACGGCAUCCUGAAGCAGAGGGCUGACUCAUACAGCGCCCGGGAGCUGGGAUACAACAGCCCGGACUUCCUCAGGAGAGUAGUUAUCAACUCAGCUCCCUCCAAACUGCUGAAGGAUCUCCUGCUGCUGUUCAGUUGCCUCUCUUUCAUGGCCAGGCAGGACGGCAAGCCCCUCUUCCUCUGGUAGACGGGCUGGGAACAGCUCUGGUCCAGGGUGUUACGUGCAGCUUGCUGAUUCUGAGUCUUUUAUAAACUCUUAGGACCAGAGCCACUGGUACCACCUCCCUCCACAGCAGAUCAGUCGUCUGUGGAGAGUCAAGGUUUUACACUAUAAACACUAUAAACAAAUGACUCAAACCCAACUCUUAACGUGUCUAAGCUUUUAUUGCUUUGGAGACAAGCGCUCUCUCAUACAAACUCCACACACCCUCCACAGACAGGACAGCUCUGCAUCUCUUCAUACACCCUCCACAGACAGGACAGCUCUGCAUCUCUUCAUACACCCUCCACAGACAGGACAGCUCUGCUUCUCUUCAUACACCCUCCACAGACAGGACAGCUCUGCAUCUCUUCAUACACCCUCCACAGACAGGACAGCUCUGCAUCUCCUGCAUUGGACCAUUUCCUAGUUUAGCCUUUUUUUUCAUUCCUAUUUUCCAUUCACUUGGUUUGUUGGUUGGUUGCACUGAGGCUGGCUUUGUGAGUUACCUGACAUUAUAUUUCCAUAUUUAAAUGACAGACAUGGUAAAACCUGGACAGAAUAAAUACUUCCAGGGCUCUUUGGGCCAUUUAAAAUGAUUUCAACAAAGAACAAGCAGUCUGUUUAAGUAAUGUAUACACAACUCAUUUUCAUUUACACUGAACAAAGCUUUAACAACAUGUCAAAUAUGUGUCCCAUGGUUCAUGAGCUGAAAUAAAAAAUC